AUGGAUCCUCUCUGUUCAUGGGGCGUCUAUCUGAAUGACCCUGGCUUUCACUGUUUGGACUCCUCCUUUCCUGUGAUAAUGGCGUUUGAUCUAGCUAAAGAAGAACAUUAUGAUGUCCCAAUGCCGGAAUUUAGCGGCAUGGUGACGGUGGAGGUGCUGGGAGGGUGCCUGGCAGCAGUUGUCUUUGGGAAGAUGAACACUAUCGAGAUUUGGGUGAUGAAGGAGUACGGGGUGAUGGAGUCCUGGGUCAAACUACUCUGCUUUGAUUCGCCUGUUGCCCAACCUUGCCGGAAUCUGUACCCGGUGGCUUAUUCAAAGGACGGUGGCAAGGUUCUGUUCAAUUACAAAGGACUUUGUCUGAAUUGGUUUGAUUUGAGGACAAAAGCCGUUACGAUUGCUUUUGUCGAUGGUAUGAGUGCUUCUCUCCGUGCCUCGGCCAAUGACCCUGUGAUAGAUGCUCGGGAGUGUGUCGGGAGCCUUGUUUCGCCUUUUGGUCCUGGUGGAGUUGGGGGUGGAAAGAAGAACGGUGUGCAGGGCAAGAAGGGGAAAGAGAUUAAAAAGAAGAGGGAUGAUUUUCUAUCGACUGGAUUCAAGCUACUGCUCUGAAGGGCGACUGCUUUUUAUUUGGGCUUGUAUGUAUGCAUCAAGCUCUGUCCCUGCUUUGGGUUUUGGCUCGUAUAUAUCAAGUUCCAUUUGCCCUGCAUUUCGUUUUGGCUAUUACAUAUCUAGUUUCGUAUAUAUCAAAUUCUAUCCUGGUUUUGGUUUCGGUUUGUACGUAAUAACUCUUGUCGUGGUAGCUGAACUAGCUUCGUGUACUUAGUUAUUUUGCUCCUGAAUUUGCUUGGUAGCUAAUUUAUUAUGCAUGUAGAUGAUUUGAUAUAAAUUAUGCAUGUAAUUUUCUAGACAUGGAACCCCAUGACUUGAUUUUAAUGCGAACUUAUGGACCGAAUCUAUUUUGCGGUGUUAGGGCCUGAGGGCUUUGCUAUUAGGUGUUCAUUUGUGCGGUUCUGUAUGACUGCUCGUUAAUUUGUGAAGAUGCAGC